AAAGAUGCUUGCUUCCUGUUUUUACCUCAGACUCAUUUGAACUGCCGUUUAACACUUCAUAUUACGGUAAAAUAUGGACUCGAGAUUAAACGGCAGUGAGAGCUUUUUGGUAUAGCCCAGCUUGUUUGGGGUCGGUAUUACAUCAUGAUCACUCCUGCGUUUGACCUGAGUCAGGAUCCAGAUUAUCUAACCAUCUGCAUCAGAGUGCCUUACACCAGAACAUCAGCGUUUGACCUGUUCAUCGAUGGGACAGAUUUCAAGUUCUAUGCAAAGCCCUACUUCCUUAGAUUAAGUCUUCCUGGAAGAGUUGUUGAAGAUGGAACAGAAAAAGCUACGUUUGACAUUGAUAAAGGUGUUUUCACACUUAAGGUCCCUAAGGAAACAAGAGGGGAGCACUUUGGAGGGCUUCAAAUGCUCACUAGUCUCCUCGCACCAAAAGGCUCCCGAUCAGCAAAACCUCUGGUGGAAGAUUUGAGUGCUGGCAGUGAAACCACAGGAGAUGAUGAGGAGGAGGAUGAAGAAGAGUUUGACUGGCAGCUGGAACAGGAACUUUACACAGAUCGAUCUGAAGAGGAGCUGGGAGCCAUGCAGAAAUACGGCUUCGCUAAUCAAAGGUCCGGAGUGUUUGCGCGGUUGCAGGAGGAACUCGGUGACGUGAUUGAAGUCAAGAAACCAGAGGAAACAAUGGCAUCCGAGAGACGUCGGGCUCGGCUGGAGGCAGAGACAUUGGCUUUCUCUUCUGACCAUUAUUUAGCUGACUUGUUUGAAGACGAUGAGAUAAAUCGCUUGCUGAAGUUUACACCAUGGUGGUCUAUGCUGAGUCCUUCUAUGGAGCAGAAAGGGGAAUCUGCUGUUUCUUUUAGUGAUGAAGAGAAAGAGCAGCUGAGAAAAUUCACAAACCGCUCCUUCCUGCUGGACAAGACAUCUCGUUGCCAAGCAUGGCUCAGCCUUCUUGACAUCCUGCUGGCGUACUCCUAUGAAGUGCGUUCUGCAGAGGGGGAACACAAUGUAGAGUCACCAUGGACUAUCAGAAAACUCAGUGGUACUCUGUGCUGGCUGGAGACCUACAGCUGCUCACGAGACGUCCUGGUGUCCUUUGGACGAAGGGUUUUGUGCUACCCCCUCUACAGACACUUUGCUUUAGUGGCCUCGUCAGUUUGUGACGCAGCUAAGAUUUUACAAUCAGGGAAAGCCUGUGUCCUCAAAUGCCUGCUGGAUAUUCACAAAGUCUUCAGAGAGAACGACCCAGCCUACAUACUGAACGACUUGUACAUCACAGAUUACUGCAUCUGGAUCCAGAGGGUCAGUUCCAAGAAGAUGUUGGAGUUGGCCAGCAUGUUGCAACACACCCCGCUUCAGAAGAAAGAUUUGGAGCUGGAGCUUGAUGAACUUGAGAGUGCAGCAAGGAUGGUGGUGGAGGAAGAAGAACAAGCUUCUACAGAGAGCAGCAGCAGUGAUUCAUCCAGCGAGAGCGAAGAGUCUGAAGCUGAAGAACAGGGCUGCUCUGAAUCCAAGCAGGGAGGAGGAGAAACAUGUAAAGACAGCCCCUCGCAGCCCAACUCCUCCCCCUCCUCUCCCAUCCCCCACUUAUCCUCCUCUGCGCUCUCCCCAUCGGUAAACAGGAAAGCGAGCACUGUGAGUUCAGACUCACAGGGCUGCAGGCAGCUGAUCCAGGAGCUGGGGAGACAGAUGACGGAGGAGCUGAGGAUCUCUGCAGAUUCCUGCUCCUUUGGAGCAGGAGAGACGUUGUUCGCUGAUGAGUGACGCUGCAGCGGAGCCAGAGGAACCAUCUGGGAGCAGCAGCAGCUGUAGUUUGUGGGACUUUGUUAGAGGAUAACCCCCCUGCUCAUCAUUCAGACUCACCAAGGCUUCAUUAGCUACAUACAAAACCAUAUGCAGCUUCACAUCUUCAUGAAUUAGUUCUGCUCCUGUAAAGAAAGUUAUUUUUGUGAAAUUCUUUCAUAUUUUGUUGCUAUACUUACUUGAUUUAAUACAGUAAAAAUGUAAUGUUGUAACUUAACAUUCUUCGGACUUUAUAUGCUUCAAACAAGAAAUUCAUAAUGACACAUUUGAUGUGUGUUUGUAAAGUUUUGUCCUGCCAAUACCAAAUGUAUCCAAUCUAGAACUUCAUCAGCUUCAUGCAAAGUUAUGUCAGACUUGAUUAAUUUUGGACUCUACUAAUAAAGAACUUUAGAAUUUGAA